CUCGGUUCCGCCGGCACCGGUCUCCGGUGACUCGUUAGUGAAGCGGAGAGAUGCUUUCUGGGAUAUGUAGUGAAAACCCAGAGCUUUAAUCAGCCGAGGAAAGAAAGUUAGCGCCUUUAUGGAUCUAUGGAAGCUCUUAAGUGCCAAAAUGUGCAUUUUUACGUAUGUAAAAUACGAUUAAUGCAAUAUCGUAAGCUAUUUUAACAAAUAAUUAAAAAACAUAACAAUGUCAUGAUGUUACGCUGUUUUAAAAAAGGAUUUCAUUGUAGAAACCUAAAUUCUGUGCUUAUUGAUGAUGUUGGAUAUAAGGGGAGGCAGCAGGCCUGAAAAGGCUGUAGUGAGUAUUAAUGGCCCGUUGGUGGCGCUGUGACGCCGCCAAUCAUAUGCAAGGACUUCUGGUAAGCCCCUCCUUCUGAAGUAGCCUACUCCAUAGAUAUCCUUUAAUAUGAAUAUCUAUGGCCUACUCCUCCAGAUGGAUGCGUGGAGCUCUGCCUCUGAAAUCCAUCUGGAGAGUCAGGGGGAUCCUUUCUGGCAGCUUCUGUCCAGCAUCCUUCACAUGUCGGGGAUCAUUUCCUCUGAGACCAGCUCUCAGCUGAGGGGAGAGCUGAGGAAGCUGGUGGCUGCAGGCCUGUGGCAGAGCGGCUACCACGCUGACUGGAUCUACGGCGCUGAUGCAGGCAGCUUCUGCAGCAGAGACCUCCUCCUGGCGCUCGGCUGGCUGCUGGCUAAAGGAGUCCUGGAGACGCUGCUGGCAGGCCGGGUGGAGCAGCUGGACCAAACGCUGCUUUCUUCUGCUCCUGAGAAACCAGAGGUCUCAGCCGAUCUGGAGCUGGACGCUGCCUCGCUAAGGAGACUGCAGUGGCUGAUGGGUCAUCUGAGACACCGGGGACGGACUCUGCUGUCCACCAUAGGAGCGCGAACACGAGCGCUGCAUGAGGUCCUUUCUAGCAGCCAGGUUUGCUCUGCAGCUCCCUCUGCUGGCCGAAGCUCUGCCGCUCUGACAGAGGACUGCUUCAGUCUCCAGCAGCUCUGUGAGCUCCUUGACGCGUAUGUCAGCUGGAAACAGGUGGAGAAGGUGUUCUGGACCUGGAUGGACAGUGUGGCUGACCGCCGUCUCUGCGACCUCCGGGACAGGACGUCCUCCCAGCGGGUCAGUCACAGCUUGGGAGCAUGUCACCAGGGGAAGCAGAGGCUGGAGGAGAUGCUGAGGGGGCCGGCCCAGCAGGACGUGAAGAGCGGCGACGCUGAUUGGGCCGUGGCCUCCCUGCCUCCGUCGCUCUCCUCUCGCCUCUCUGCUCCCUCCGUUCAUCAGGUGUGCCGUGCCAGGCUGCAGGCUGAGCAGAGGCUCCGACGUCCCUCAGAGGGGCCCCACGGCGGGGCCGCGGCCCCAGGCGAGCUCCCUGCGCCUCAGGCUGCUCAGCUGCUGCUUCAGGCUGAAACGGAGCUUCUGCAGCGCAGGGACAGGCGGCGUCUGGCCAACAGGAAGCAGCUGCAGGGGCUGAUGGGUAGUCUGGACCAGCAGGUGUUUAUAGCGCUGUAGACGGCCCCGUCAGACAUGGACUGAUGUGACGGACAGACGACCCGGCCCGCCUCUCCCUGAGGAGAGUUCAGGACCUUCAGGGUUUCAAGACCGACCCGUUAGAAACUACUCGCUUGACUUGAGUUUAAUAGUUUAGCAAGUUAGAUAUUAGCUGCUGGUCAUUUUAAAAACCUCAACGUAUCAAUAAAAACAAUUCAAAUGGA